UGCGAGUUUCAGUAAUUCUUCUUUUCACCUUCUUCGAUCAUCGCCAUGAAUGUACUCAUCUUCCUUGUCUUAAUCUGAUAUUAAUAUGAAAAGUCUCCAUUUUUAAAUUCAAAAACCUUGAAAUGAGAUGCCUACGCUUUAUUUCGUCACAUUUAUCCCGAAAUUUGAAAUCUUUCCCUCGAAGUUGUUCUACCAAUGCUAAUCUCCAAAUCACUCCGAAACCGUCCGAAAAAGUGUGCGCAAUAGUGGAUGAGCUCUCGGAGCUUACGCUCCUGGAAGUCUCAGACCUGUCCGAAGUGCUUCGGCAAAAAAUGGGAAUCAAGGAGAUGCCGAACAUGUUCGUGAUGAUGCCGGGGAUGGGGUUCUCUGUGAAGGGCGCUGCGAAAGGAGGUGGUGGUGGCGCUGGGAAGGCUGAAGAGAAGGCGGAGAAAACUGUUUUUGAUGUGAAGCUUGAAGGUUUUGAUGCGGCUGCCAAGAUUAAAGUAAUUAAAGAAGUGAGAGGUUUUACAGAUUUGGGGCUGAAGGAGGCUAAGGAUUUAGUGGAGAAAUCUCCCACCUUAUUGAAGAAAGGUGUCACGAAAGAAGAGGCCGACAAGAUUAUUGCUAAAAUGAAGGAGGUUGGCGCCAAAGUCUCCUUGGAGUGAGCUUGCAUCUAAAAGGGGAAGAAGCAUGGAGAAUGUUAAGCUCAAGGCUUUGCUGCUCCAGGGCUUGUUACAGUCAGAGUAACUGCUAUUGAUCUAUUCUGUUGAGAUGUUGCAAGUGAUGAAGAUCAAUGUAGAUUUUGUUAUAAUGCAGAACAUUCUUUCAUGAAAACUGAUUCACUUAUUUUUCUGAGUUAGAAGAAGCAGAUUGCAGCGGAAAUUAGAUUUUUAGUUUUCUCAACCCAGCUGUAUUCAUAAUUUUGUAUGCUUCGAAACACCUGUUGUAGAAUCGAAUUCUGGUGACAGGGUCUUUUAUAAAGAAUCUGAUGAAAUGUGACACAACUUUCCAACAUUGCAAA